AGAGGCGGAUCCUUUCUGUCGCGAUGUGGGGAGCCCGCAAGCUCAGCUCCUUCGGGAGUGGUUUUUUAGGAGUACUUAGGUCUGGGUGCUGGGGCUCACAGGCUGGCUGUCCUCGCUUAACUUCGUUGGCGGUUUAUUCGGAGAAUCAGCUCAGUUGGACUCUAAAAAUUAAACCAUGGGUUUUCCAAGAAUACAGAAUCAUGUGUUCCAGAUCCUAUAGAAUGACUUUUGCCUGCUUGAAUACAAUGAAAACUUACAGGUACCCUUGGACAAGACGGUACAGUACUUCUCAAACCACUGUAGACAGCAGUGAGGUGAAAACCUUCCUGGCCCUGGCUCACAGGUGGUGGGAUGAGCAAGGAGUAUAUGCACCUCUUCAUUCUAUGAACGACCUUAGGGUGCCAUUUAUUAGAGACAAUCUUUUAAAAACAGUUGCUAAUCACCAGCCAGGAAAACCUUUGUCUGGGAUGAAGAUUCUUGAUGUUGGCUGUGGUGGUGGAUUGUUAACUGAACCUCUAGGGCGGCUUGGAGCUUCAGUUAUUGGAAUUGACCCUGUGGAUGAAAACAUUAAAACAGCACAGCGCCAUAAAUCAUUUGAUCCAGUCCUGGAUAAGAGGAUAGAGUACAGAGCAUGUUCCCUGGAAGAGAUUGUGGGAGAGACUACAGAAACCUUUGAUGGUGUCGUAGCUUCUGAAGUGGUAGAACAUGUGAUUGAUCUAGAAACAUUUAUACAGUGCUGCUGUCAAGUGUUAAAACCCGGUGGUUCUUUAUUCAUUACUACAAUCAACAAAACACAGCUGUCCUAUGCCUUGGGAAUUGUUUUUGCAGAGCAAAUUGCAGGUAUUGUACCAAAAGGUACUCAUACCUGGGAGAAAUUUGUUUCACCUGAAAAGCUAGAGAGCAUUCUGGAAUCAAAUGGUCUUUCAGUUCAAACUGUGGCAGGAAUGCUCUACAACCCCUUUUCAGGUUACUGGCAUUGGAUUGAAAACACCAGCCUUAACUAUGCAGCUCAUGCUGUGAAGCACCCGCACCCAGGCCCCGCCGAGCUUGUGUUUGAGGGGGAAGCAGAUGUCCCAGCAAAAGCCUCCACCAACCCCGGUGUGCGUGAAGAGCCGAAGGAAUGAAUUGUUUCUGAGGACGAUAGGAACACGGCGUGAAAGUACGAUAUUUACAAAUACGAAAACUAUACCGUUUAUCUUUUGAGAGAGGAUCAUGCAGAAAAGAAAGUCAAAAAAAGGGUUAAAACCUUGGA